AUGCAGUCACCAGUUGAAUCAUCAGGUUUGCCUAAAAAACUUGCCACUUAUAAGCUUAUAAAAUUGUUUACUACGGGCAACAAUUCAUCAUUUUCAUAUGACCACAAUUUUGAUAUCGACAGCAAAGACUGUUCACACACUCAGCUGUUUUACAAUAUAACAGAUUUUACCGAUAAAUCUGAAUGUACUCCUUCCUAUUGUCGUGAGGUUUUUCGUGUCGAUGCUCGAGAUAAUUUGUAUUGGUUCAAUACUGCCCUUAAAGCUGUUCCCCCUAGAAAAUUAUCACAACAACCUCCUUCUCCUCAAACUUUAUCUCCUCCAUCUACUCCAUCGACUCCAAAAUUCCCUCAAACUUUAUAUCCACCCACACCAAAAACUCCUCAAACUUUAUCUCUACCAAUACCAAAAUCUCCUCAAACUUUAUCUCCACCCACACCAAAAUCUCUUCGAGCUUUAUCUCCAAUUACCACUCCUAAAUCUCCUAACUUUCCAUUAAAAUCUCCCAAUCCAGUAGCAUGGUCUAUAGAAUUUGGCACAUUCAAAUGUUCGAGAAUUUUGAGGAAGGUCCAGAGACCAAAACAAUUUAUAAUUACUCAUCUCCAAACAGGUGCCCCUGCCACUUAUACUUAUGUUAGUGACAAGAAAAAUUCAAAUAUAAUACCUGUACUCACCGGAUUUUCCGGUGAAGUUAAUACUCCAUUUGAUAAAACAUGUGACCAACGCUUCCAUUGGAUUCUCGAUCCGGAUAAUGAAAAAUGGUCUUUGGUUCAAUCGAAUGAUCCCCAAAGGCCUUUAGUUGUCUUUAAAAAAACUUCUCUUGAUAAUCAAUUUUUAAUCGUGUUUUUGGAAAAAGCUCCCCAUGGUUGGUCUCCACGCAUUGCUGACCGUCUGUCUAAGUACCUUUCGGCAAAAUCUAAUGAUGGUCAAAGAAGAGGUUCUGAUUCCUCAAGUUCUGUAAGAAGUGAUUCAUCAAGUGGUUAUUUGACAGUUGAGAGUGAAGAAGAUGAUGAAAAGCAUUGGCAUGAAUUCGUUUUGGCAUCAACAGUUGUUGUCCAAGAUGAAGUAAACCCUAAAAAGAGACGUUUAUGGAAAUAA